AUGUUUUGUGUUUUGCUUUUGGCUGCUGCUACAGCAUCUUUUCAAGGUGAAAGACAGAUUAGGAGAGACAGGCUUCGUCAGCCUAGACGGUUUCGACCACGCUCUGCACUAGAAGAGCUGAGUGACACUGAUGUCAGGGAGUUAUUCCGUCUGAAUAGGCAAGCUAUUCUUGCCUUGUACACUUGUAUAGCUCAUGAUCUUGAGCCACUGACAGGUCGCUCACAGGCCAUUCCUGGCAUAGUAAAAUUGCUGGCAGUUUUGAACUUCCUUGCUACAGGCAAUUUUCAGCCAUCUGUUGCAAGGGUGAUUGGGAUAAGUCGCUCAACUUUUUCUAGACUUCUGAAACCCGUAUUAAGAGCCAUAGUGCAACAUUCCCCAAAAUUUGUCUGCUUUCCAUCAACUCCAGAACAGUGGCAGGAAGUUAAAUCUGGUUUUUAUAACCUUGGAGGCAUGCCCAAUUGCAUUGGUGCAAUAGACUGCACGCACAUUUUGUUAACACCUCCUCAUGCUACUGAGGAACAAUUUCGAAACCGGAAGCAUACCCAUUCUCUGAAUGUCCAGGUAGUUUGUGACUCCCAUCAAAGGAUUAUGAGCAUUCACUCUGGUUUUCCCGGGAGCUGUCACGAUUCAUACAUUUUACGGCAGUCAGCUCUGUUUGACCGUUUUCAACUUGGACUCAUGCCAGAGGGCUGGUUGCAUGACUGUUAUCAAAAAAGCAUCCAUAUAUGUAUAGGAUCAUUCAUUUUAUUCAUAUUCAUUUCAGGAGAUGCAGGAUAUGGAAGUAAACCCUGGCUUCUAAUUCCUGUAUCUAAUCCCAGGACACCGGCAGAAGUAAAAUUUAACACAGCUCACAUAAAGACAAGAGGAGUUAUUGAGCGGACCUUUGGAGUCCUCAAAUCUACUUUCCGGUGUCUUUCAAAAUCUGGUGGAUGCCUGCAGUAUUCUCCAGAAACUGUUUCUCAGAUUAUUCAGGCCUGUGCGGUUCUGAACAAUGUUGCUUUAGACCAUGGAGUGAAUCUGGAAACUAAUGAGGAACUUCCUCCUGAAAUUCCCGGUUACCCUGCAGUUUCCCAAGAUUCGAGUGAUGAAGGGAAACGUGUGAGAUCGCAUCUCAUAACAUCAUUUUUCCAGUCAAAAACCAGAAAGUACAGAAAAUGGAUCAUUGUCAGUCUUUCAGGAUUUUUUAUGCCUAGCUUCCCGGUUUUCUUCUGUUCCACAGACGGCCUCCAGCUGCUGAGGUUGCUCAAUGUGUUGCUGGAUAACUUGGCAAAAAGAAAUAAAUAUUAUUUUUCAAACCAUACACACUUGUUUUUAUAUAAUGUACAGUGGUAUCUAGGGCAUUAAAGUUAUGCAAACAUGGGGGGGGGGUUAUGCUGAAAUUACAUAAGCAAGUAGGUGUGUUUUUGGGGUGCUUGAUAUUGGAAGAGACAGACCAGUUAACAUCAAUAACCAUUAGAUAAGCAAUGGGGAGGAGUUUGGUGGAAAAGCUUCUCCCACAC